ACGUUAUAUCGUUAGUGCGCUCUCAGACUACGAACCGAGAAGAACACUCGAGCAGAUUUUAACAAGUUUGGUCACGGCUUCAAUCGUUUUCUCCUCGUCGCUGAUCAAUAGGCACGGCGAUUGUGCAUUGAGAGCUAACUGAGAUAGAAGAUCAAAAGUAGACGAGAACAGGCUGCAACAACAUAUUUUCUAUAGAUAUCUACUACCAGUUGUUCGUAAUUCUGCAUUCGUUCUUGGUAGCCAGCCACUUUUGCUUGUUAUUUGGAAAGAACUUUUCUCCAGCGCAGGACUUGGCAAGAUUCACAUUCUUCAACUUAUGGUCUUCAUAAUCUGGGAACAGCGAUCUGAUUUCAAUUUCAUCAAGAGAUGGAAAUAAAGGAGGAGAAUAAACUUCCUAAUGCCGGGAUCCCAGAGUGCGCUGGUUGUCAGAAAGUUAUUAGAGAACGAUAUCUGCUAAAAGCGUUGGAUCAGUUCUGGCACGAGGAUUGUCUCAAGUGCACCUGCUGUGACUGUAGACUUGGAGAGGUGGGCUCCACCCUCUUCACCAAGGCCAAUCUCAUCCUCUGUAAGAGAGACUAUCUCAGAUUGUUUGGAACAACAGGGUUAUGUUCAGCAUGUAACAAAACCAUCCCGGCCUUUGAGAUGGUGAUGAGAGCCAGAGGAAACGUGUAUCAUUUGGAAUGUUUCGCGUGCCAGCAGUGCAACCACAGGUUUUGCGUGGGGGACAGAUUCUACCUGCAUGAAAACAAGAUACUUUGUGAAUAUGAUUACGAAGAAAGGAUGCUGUUUGCCAACAUGUCAUAUGACAGCAUUACCCAGAUGAAACGCCAAGCAGCGAGGAUCGGGCUGAACCGAUCAGAGGAAGGAGGCUGUAGUGGCUAUGGAAGUACAGACCCAGUCUGCGGUGAGGCGAAGUGACACGAAACAGGUGACGUAUGCUGUGCUACAGAUCCCCGAAAUCGUGACCCUGAACAUUUGGACAGCAAGAACAACCGUGGCCUUGUUGAAGCGAGGUGAUAGUGAUAUGACGUAGUGAUGCGUUUAAAACUGUAUGCCGAAACGAUCAGUCCCGAUUAACAUUUGUAGUGGUAUCUUUGAAGAAUUUAGAUACUCUCAAAGUAUAAUUAGUUACAAGAAAAUCCCAAAAAUGUGCAAUAUUGAUUUUGAUCGGCGUUGUUGUUAUUCAGCAACGUUUCUUUUAGAACGAUCGUUAAGAACAGAAUUUCAAAUAAGCUAACCGAAUUAAGGUAAUCAUAAUGAGUUAACUACUUUUUAGAAUUGAUGUUAAGAAAGCUUACAAGUUGCAUUAUUUUAUUGUUUAACAGUUGAAUUACUCAUUUGCUUGUAUAUCAAGAUUUAGCAAACAGCACCUAAACAGAGUAAACUACAAAAUAAAAUUAUGACCAGAUUGCUAAUAAACCAUGUAAAGAUAUUGUGUUUUACAUAUCUUAAUAUAAAAUGUUAAAACAUUUUAAUUAUAUUUGUUAGUUUUGUUUUUCAAUAUUCAUAUAUUGUUAAAUUUUUAUGAAGCUACUCUUUCGUCUCGUGCUUUAGCACUGCUCUCAGUAAUUUAAUAUCUUCAGUACGAUUUAUCAUUAUUCUUUUUCUACAUACAUCUAUAUGUCAAUAUUAUUUAGAGGGCAUAAAAUAUGGUAGUAGCGAUUCAGUCUUCGUAGAUAGAUUCUACCUGAAUAAUUGUCACUUUUAAUGUUUUAACCGUGUUUAUUACUGCUUUCACAUUUUUAUUUUACGUAGAAUUGUCUGGGACUAUGGUUAAUGUGCACUUCAUAACUCUAAUGAUUAUUUUGAAAACGAACUCGGAAUGUUUGGGGACGCCGUUCUUCCCUUCUUAGACUUACUUCUGUCAUACACUUUAGUAUACCGAAUUUCAUUAUUUUUUCUUUUGAUUUUAUUGUUUAUUGUUAUACUUUUAUCGUGAGGAUUGUUUAACACUGUUUGCAUACCAUAUAUAUUUAGGACUAACCUGCAUCUCCUAAGCUGGUCGAAGCUCGUGAGAUACUGUUGGGAUUAUGACCGAAAAUAUUGUUAACAGCAAUGGUACUCAUCUGAUGAAGCAAUUCACUCUAAUAUCAAUAUGAAGAAACAUAUUAGCUAUACUUAUGGCCAGGUUGAUUUUUAGUUUCUCUCUAAGUACAUAACUUACUCUGAUCGGAAGUUAUUAUAUGCAGUAUCAAUAGGACUAGGACAUCAAUAAAUAUUUCAAACAUUAUGUAUUGCAAGAGUUCCCAAAUUUGGAGGAAGCUGCAUCAAAAAAUAACCGUAGGAAAUACACAAUACUGUUGAACAUUAUCUAUGUAUUCAUUGGGUGGGAGGCCUAAGUGAGAAUGCGGAAUAUUCUAUAUAUAUAUAUAUAUAUUACACGAAUUAAAAUGGGCAAAGUCUUUCAAAUGUUGUGAUGACCACGGUUUAUAUAUUUGGCUAUUAUUUCCACCCUUUAAAUCUAUAAAUUAUGCUACUUGUUGCGAUGUAAAACUCCUAAUGAUUACCAGAAUAUCUUGUAACCAAUCGGUGUCUAUCAGGACUGUUUAUCGUGUAAAAGAAAUACUGUUACUCAACAGUCCUCGAGGCAAGAGAAGAAAAGUUCAAAAAAUAUUCUGGUGCUUUUCACUUCCAUCACUCUCAUUUGCUUAUUAUCAGAUUAAUGAAUAAAUGUAGAGAAAUGGAUGUCGUUACCACCCACGUGGCCACAGUAAGUUCAAUGUCUUGCUUCCACUUGGCGAGGUCUCUGGAAAGUCAAACAUGUUUACUUAAUAUUAAUAUUUCCAUAUUAAAUGUGAUAUGGAUUUCGGUAUAAAAUAUCUGUU